CAGUUAUUAAAUCGUUAGCGCUGUUGUGUGCGAUCGCAAAUGCUGCUUUGUUGUUUGGGUGUGUUUCUUUCAUAAAUGUGUAAACUUCACUUACAAAAUUUCAUAUGUGUUAAUUAGUAAUUGUUUUUAUUGUGUGUAUCUGUGGGUGACAUUUGGUAAUCGCCAUGUAUCGUGUGUUGUUCUCAUUUGCUCUCAUCUAUUUGUGUUCGGCCAUCACAACCAUUCCUCAUCCACCAACGAUAACAAGACAACCCUCACAUGAACAGUUAUUUCAAGUAUCUCUCACUCAGGAUGAACAAGACAAGCCUUUCAUAUUAGAAUGCGAAGCUGAUGGGAACCCAGAAGUGGAAUAUUCUUGGACAAAAGAUGGAAGAGAGUUUGAUUGGACAGAAGAGCCCAAUAGAAUCAUUCAGCAACAUAAAAAGGGAACUCUAGAAGUCAAUAAGCCUAUUGAUUCAGAUGAAGGGAUCUAUCAGUGCUAUGCUAAAAAUGUACAUGGCACUGCUGUUACUAAUGCAGUUCAUCUAAGGAAAUCUGAACUAAAUUCAUUUGCUGAUGAAGAAAGCAAAGAAGAAUAUGUUGUUGAAGGAGAACCUUUAACCAUUAAUUGUAAACCUCCACCCGGUUAUCCUAAACCAACAAUAUUUUGGAUCAUCCAAGCUAAUAGUGGUGCUUUGCACAGCAUAAACGAUUCUCGAAUUACUGUGGAUCCAGAUGGCAACCUGCACUUUUCUAAUGUUACUUAUGCAGAUGCAUUAGACGAUGCUAGAUACGCUUGCAGUGCUACAUCACUCUUCCGUAAUGAAUAUAAAUUAGGGAAUAAAAUUCUGCUUCAUGUAGAGCCAGCAGUUCCAGAAACCAGACCUCCUACUCAGAUGUAUGUUCCUCCUCCAAAUAUUGUUGCAUUGAGGGGCCAGACAUUGGAACUUAGAUGUAUAUUUGGAGGAACCCCUGUUCCAGAAAUUGUUUGGACUAAAAAAGGACGUAGUCUUCCACGCGACCGUGUUGUUUAUGAUCAUUUUGGGAAAACUCUAAAAAUAAAAAAAACUGAUUUUCAAGAUGAAGGCACUUACGAGUGCACUGCAAGUAAUGGAGUUGGCACUCCUCUUUCAUCCUCAAUGGCAGUUACUGUUCAAUCUGCCCCUUAUUGGAUUAAUUCACCCAAUAAUACAAAUGGUGCUGAAGGUGAAGAUGUUACCUUUGAAUGUGUGGCUGGUGGGGUACCAGCACCUGAGGUCAACUGGUUUAUGAAUGGCGUACCUCUAAAGGAAGCCAAAAGCAAUCCUAGGAGGCGACUAGAUUCUAGUGCUAAUGUUCUUACAAUUGAGGGGCUUAGAAAAACUGACACAGCUGUAUUUCAGUGCAAUGCAUCUAACAACCAUGGCUAUGCUUUUAGGGAUUUUUACCUUAAUGUUCUUGCUUUGCCUCCUACCAUUACUGAGCGACCUGAACUCGUCACAAGUGCAGUUGUUUCCUCGAUGGUGAUUUUGCGAUGCAGAGUUUUUGGCGCUCCAAAUCCUGUGAUUAAAUGGCAGAAGGGCAAACAAGAUUUAAAAGGAGAUAGAUUUCAAGUUCAACAAAAUGGGGAUUUAGAAAUAACUGAUGUCCGACCUCAAGAUGAAGGGGAAUACAACUGUUUGGCUACCAAUAAAUUUGGUACCGAUGCAGCUUCAGGACGUUUAGAAGUUAAAAAAAAAACAAAAAUAAACGUUCCACCAGAAAACUUUGAAGUUGCGGCAAGUAAAUCUGCUACUUUCCGUUGUGAUGCUGACGCAGAUCCCAGCCUGCAGUUGAACAUUGUGUGGCUUUUCAAUGGACAGCCUAUCAAUUCUGAUUUGGACACACGCAUUGUUCAAUCUGCUGACAAUUCACUUACUAUCACAAAAACUGUUGAGUCUGAUUCUGGAGUUUAUACUUGUGUUGCGAAAUCAGAACUGGAUCAAGAUGAAGCUACAGCUACUUUGACUGUUCAAGACACACCUAAUCCACCGAAGAUAGUGCGAGUUCAAUGUGAAGGUUUAACUGCCCUGGUGGAGUGGCAACCCAAUGGUGAUCGCAGAGCCCCCAUCCAAAGUUACACUAUCCAGUAUAAUACUAGCUUCACACCUGACACAUGGGAAGAUGCUUUUGUUAAUAUUCCUGCCCCAGAUACUCGUUUUAAAGUUUCUAUGACACCUUGGGCAAAUUAUACUUUUCGAGUCAUUGCAAGAAACAAGAUAGGGCCCAGUGAACCCAGUGGUCAUUCCAGUGUUUGUGAAACACCAGAAGAUGUUCCCUAUAAGAAUCCAGAUAAUGUUAUUGGCAAAGGAACACAGAAAGAUAAUCUAGUCAUCCAGUGGACAAAAAUGCCAAUGAUUGAACAGAAUGCCCCAGGCUUCUUCUAUAAAGUAUUUUGGAAACGUGAAGACAUACCCAACGCCCAGUGGCAAUCUGUAGAGAUCCCAGAUUGGGAACAGAAUAGCUACAUCAUCCCCACGCAGCCAACGUUCAAGCCCUAUCGCAUCAAAGUAGAAGCUCACAAUAGCAAAGGGCAAGCGCACACGGCUGCAACGGAAGUUAUUGGUUAUUCUGGAGAAGAUGUUCCCCUGGAAGCACCGAAGAAUUUCAAUCGUAUGUAUGUAAAAGAUGCCAGAUCAGCCAUGUUCUCCUGGGACCCUGUCUCACCAGAAUCAGUCAGAGGACAUUUCAGAGGCUACAAGAUCCAAACAUGGACUAUUGAUGAAGGAGAAGAACGACUUCGUGAACAGGUUGUUAAAGCUAAUGUCACACAAUCAUUAGUGACCAUAUUUCGUCCCUUCUCACGUAAUUUAGUGAGAGUGUUAGCAUUCAAUGACAUGUAUAAUGGACCACCUUCUGAUGUCAUUGAUUUUAUAACUCCAGAAGGAACACCUGGACCUGUUGCUUAUUUCGAUGCAUUUCCUUUGGGAGCCAACGCAUUAUAUCUCAUCUGGAAGAGGCCUGCAGAACCAAACGGCAUUCUCACUGGUUACAAUAUAUAUUAUCGUGAAGUUAGUGGAACUGAAUUGGGCGAGAUAAAAGAAAGAAAACCUCAAAUAACAGAUCCAAGCGAGACUAGAGAAAAGCUUGCUAACUUAAAGCCAAAGACGAAGUAUCGAAUUGAUAUCUAUGCUACGACUAAAGUUGGAGAGGGUGAAAAAAUGUAUAUUGAAGUAGAGACUAAGGACAAUGUAGCUCGCCAUCCUGAUGAACCUCACUUUGUGUGGAGUCAUUUACCUGAUGUUGAUGGCAAAGCUGGCGUGCGAGUCAUAUGGGUGCCGGCUGUCGAAGGACACCCUGGAAGUUUUUUCUUUGUUCGAUACAAAAAGAAAGAUGACACUGCAUGGGAAAGCACACUGCCUGAGAAGAACCAAGAUUCCAUCCUAGUCACUGGUUUAGAGUUAGGCUCCCUUUACGAAAUGCAAGUGGUUGCUGUUGAUGGGGAAUAUCAAACACCCAGCAAAAUAGAAGAGUUUGAAACAGGAGGAAUGGCUGCUGUUCAGGCACCUGAAACAGCUGAAAGUUUUGCCACUGCCGCAUGGUUCAUAGGGAUGAUGUGUGCUAUUGCCUUACUGCUGCUACUGCUAAUCAUUAUUUGUUUGAUCAAGAGAAACCGUGGUGGAAAAUAUUCUGUCCAUGAAAAAGAAGCUGCACAAGGACGUGACUUGGAGUAUGCUGAUGAUGGUGGAUUUAAUGAAUACACUAAAGCAGCGACUGAUGUCCCAGACCGAACCAGUGGGAGUCGAACAUCCCUCAAUAGCAGCGUCAAAGGACCCGAGAGUGAGACAGACAGUAUGGUGGAAUACGGAGAAGGAGAAGCCAGUAAGUUCAAUGAGGACGGUUCCUUCAUUGGUCAGUAUGGAUCAAAGAAGAAAACGGAGGACUCUGCUUCUCCAUCCGCCCUUGCCACAUUUGUUUAGCCCUUUUAUUUAAUUAAGUACGAAGCAGAUGAUGGACUCAGAAAAUCUGCUAAUCAAUCUUUUUUUUAUUUUAAAAUGCUCUAUUUAUUUGCCUAAUAUAUGCCUAUAUUAGUUUAGUUACUUGCAACAAAAAAAAAGCCGAAAUUAAGGGUGUUCUUGUCUGAGAAGUGGAAAAUAUUUUCACUUGGUUUUCUAAAUUUUCCUAUUAUAUAAAAGUGAUAGACAUGGUGUCGGAUAGGAAUGUGACAUUUUUUCAAAUGAAGAUAUAUAGCUUUUUCUUUUUUUUCUCUUCUUUUUGCAUUUAGCAACUUCAUUCAUAUUCCGUAAGAGGACAACUCUUGUGGGACAAGCCCUUCAUAACCAAUUCUCUUUUACCUACAUAGGUAAUUUAAAAUUAGAUGUAUAAAAAAAAAAUGAAUUAAGGUCAGGGUUGCCACUCCACAUUGAGAAUAGGGAAAACCUGGAAAAUGCAGGGAAUUUUAAAAUCAUCUAAAAUAACAGGGAAUUUUGAUUUUUUCCUUGCAAACUAAAAAAAAACAAACAGGUAAUUUUUGUCUUUUAAAAAAAUGCAGACUUCUCAAAGGCAAUCUAUAUAAAGAUGAUUGUUCAGCUAUAUUAAAUUAUUUAAUUUAUUAUAGCACUAUUUCUUUUAUGUUGAGGUGUUCCUUAUUUCUCCAAGUUUUUCUAGCAACUGAAACUAGCAUGGUUAUCCUAGUAUAACACGCAAGUGAAUGUGUGUUUCCUCAUAAUAUAUUGUGUAUAAUAUGUGCAGGGAAAACACAGGGAAUUUUUUUUGAGAGAUGGGUGUUUCAACCCUGUAAUAAUAUUCUUAAUAUAAUGGUAUGUGAUAUCGUUAUUUUACUGUAAAUUGUCAGUUUCUUUUUUCAAGGUGAGUGAAAAAUAAUUGAUAAUUAUGUUUUUAGAAAUGUUAAUAUUCCUAUCUGACACCUAGUAGUUAUAUAUAUACAUAUACUUAAGUAAACCACUUUUUACACAUUUAAGCAAAAUAAUUUUUAUUUUUUAAAGGAGAUGCGUAUAGUUAUUUGAAGCAUUGUGGUGGGAGCUCUUUUAGUGGUGAAAUGGGAUGAAAGCAGUACCUUUAAAUCUUUUUUACAAUAAAUAUUUCAGCUAAUCUCAGAUUAUGUUGGCGUUAAGUUUUAAUUUUAUUUGCCAAAAAAAAAUUUAUUUUUUUUUACUUGUUUGACAAAAAAAUAUUUUGCCAUGUAAGCCUUUUAUGAAAGUUCCAUUUAUAAUUCAUAUUGUUAAUGUAUGUUAUUUUAGCCUCUUAAAUUUUCGUUUUCAUUGAGUUAAUGUAGUAACAACAUUAUUAUUAUCAAGGGAUAUGCUUGAAUGAGAAUGAAUUUUUUUUUGUGUUCUUAAUUAAUAAAUCGUUAACUAUUGUUUAUCGAUUUAAAUAAUAACUAAUAAUUCUAAGACCAAGGGAUAUGUGUGCUUUUCAUCAUCUUCCUGAAAAAUAUUUUUUAACUAAGACUUUAUAUGACUUGGGCAACUUGAAUUUUUUGAAGGCGAAAAUAAACAUUUUUAAACGUAAAAUUUUGCACUUUCAGAUGGUGCUUGCCUUGAAAUUUCACAUUGUAAAAAAAAAAAAAAGUUUUUAGUCACUUGUUUACAGUUAGGAAUAUGAAUGACUUUUAUCUCUGUCAAAAUGUUUUAAAUGUACUGCCUUUCCUUAAUAAUUAGCGCUUGUAUGCAAACUUCAAAUCAUGUGAUAAUGCUGCUUUUAUUCUAUGUACAGGCUGAUAACUUUUAGCUUUUCACUUAAGCUGCAAAUCAAAAAUCCACUUUAUAUCGUAGAAUUGUCUGUGGCUUUGUGGGGUGAAUGACUAAUUUAUGUAAUUAUAUUCUGUAGAAUAGAGUGAAUUUUUUUAUAUAUAUAUAUCAUUACCUGUGAGCAGAUUCACUGUGCAUCCUAUAUAAUGACUCGAAGAAAGUUUGUUUUAUAUCUGCAUUCUACUCAGAUGUGAUUUAAUGUUUACCCUCAUUAAUGUUAGUAGAAAUGGGGGUGCCAACAGAAGUGCCAGGGUAGAUUUUCCGGGGUGCCUCAGGAUUUUAUACCCAAACUGUGAAAAAUCUUCCAGAUUUUCUUCUUUUACUGUUUAAUUAAUGAACAAUAUGUUUUCUGUCAAUUCUCUCUUUUUUUUUGUUUCCUUCUUGAAAAAUUUUCUGAGCCAGUUAGUUAUAUUGAAAAUUUCUCUCACCUAUUUAUGUAAUUAAUAAUUAUUAACAAAUUUGCCUCAUACAGAGAAGUGUGAAGUAGACUUAUAUGGCCAUAAAAUAUUUUUAUUAUCAGAAAUUAAAAUAUUGUGAAACCUAUUAAUUAAAAUAAAAAUCGAUUUAACAAUAAGUUAAUGUGAAAUUCAUAAUAGUUAUUAACAAAUUUGCCUCAUAAGAGAAGGUGGAAGUAGACUUUUAUCGUCAAGAUAUAUUUUUAUUCUCAGAAAUUAAAAUAUUUCGGAACCUAUUCAUUAAAAUAAAAAUUGAUUUAAUAAGUUGAUGUUUAAAUUUGUAAUGAAAUUAUUUUUAAAUCCAAGCACAUAGCUUAAUUUAGUUCAAGGAAGAACUUAUUGACAUUGAUAACAAUUUUGCUAUAAUGCUAAGAAAUGUAAAACAAUUAAGGGAAACAGAAUAUUUCUGCUCAUUUAACCAAUGAUGCAACUUGGUUUAACUAUCAUCGAAUAAUCCGAAUUUCAUUUUAUUCAAUUUUACUGCAUUGAAAAUAGAUUGUUUUGCAGGAUUUGUAUUAGAGAAUAAUAAUUAUACUAACUCUCUGAAUUCAGUGUUAAAGUUUAUGUUUUUGUCAGAAAUGACAAUUUAGGUCUAAUCUCAUUCAAAUUUUUUAACAGCAAAUUUGUAUAAAAAUAAUGUUAUAAGUUUUUUUUAAAAAAUUUUUUGUUGCUUAAUUGAGCCUGAGUUGCUCAAUUAUUUUAGAGAAAUAAAAAGUUUAAUUCCAUAUAACAUCUGUCAUGUUUUAAUGAAUUAAGAAUAUAGUUUCGACUUUCAGUAAGUGAGCAUAGAUCUUGUUAAUAGUUUAAACUAGUUGGGGACUGUUUGUGUAUGUUGGCAUCCCUUGUAGUAAAAUGGAAAAAAUUUAAAAAACUGGCAAUUAUAAAUUUCUCUUGUAUAGGAGUAGUUAAAAAUACAUAAUUUUUUUUUUAUCUCAUAUACAUUGUUUCAUUAGUUAUUUAAUGUUCCUUAAAAUGAUUUUUAUUUGAAGUCAACACCCUUUAACUAUUACAUGCACAUGUAUUACAACAAAAAUGAAAAUUAAAUAAAUUAGAAGAUCUGCUCCAUUAUAUGUGCCUGCCAAAUACAUUUUGGAAAGCAAUUUUCAUAGAUUGCAUUUGUUUGUGCUUUGUAAUUGCUAUAGAUAAUUAAAGUAUUUUACUUCAAUGAAAAAAAAAGUAUUUAUUGAAUAAUAUUCCCCUUAACUGGGUUGCUUAAAUUUAUUUAUACUGAUUUGCUAGUUAUGUGAUCGAUUCAUUUUUUCCAUUUAUUUAUUAUUUUUCAAAAUAUGUAAUACUCAUUUAUAUUUUUCAUCCUUUGUAAAUUUUUUAUGAUUUAUAUUGUUAGAAAAGCUAGUUUUAUCUAAAUUUAUUUGUAUUUUUAAUUUUUAUACCUAAUUCUUAUUCUGGUUGUGAUAUGAGUAAAUUAGUGAUUUUUUUGAAGGAAAAAAAAUGUUUGGUGCUUUUUUAGUUAAAAAUAGCUUUUUAAAUUGCUUCAACAUAAUAUGCACAAAAUGUUCUUUUGGUAAGUCUAAUUUGUUACUUUCAAGUGAAAUAGGAAGAUUCUUUUAAUUUUUUGAUAUUUAAAAGUUCAAUAUUCUCUAGUAAAUAUAACCAAUCAAUUAUAUCGGGAAUAUUUUAUCCUAUGUAGAUUAAACUUUUUUUUAAAAAAAGAAAUAAAUUACACCCAACAUAAGUUGUAAUGUCUGAUAUAAUUGAGAAAAAUAAUUUAAUUGUAUUAUUUGAAUACAGACUGAUAUGAAAGCUACAAAUUUACUCUAAUUUGUUUAUAGGCACCUUUACAGUGCAAUCAUUCUCAUGAAAAUAUGCUUUUCCAUCUUUUUCAUGAUCACAUUUAUUAUGUUUAAAAACCGAGAUUAUGUUUGUGAUUUAUGCACUCAUUUGUAUAUACUUUGCAUUGUUGCAUCAUUUUAUAUCUACUAUUCCAUAAUUUAUUUUUGUAGUAAAUUAUAUGUAGCUAGCUUUACACGUUAUUUUGAAUGCAGAGCAUUCAUUUUGCUACAUAUACCUUUAGUAGCCAUAGUUAUUGUAUAUAGAUAUGUGCCUGGUGCAGUUUUUUUUAAUUUAUUUUUUUAUGUGAAGUUCAUAAUUUUGUGCACAGAGAUUCUCUUUAGGCUGAUUAUGUUCUCAUAAUUAUUUUGUUUUAUUGAAAUUGUCAUUUUCUUUCUUUUGUUUUGGAUUAAAAUUCAAAAACUGCGCAUAUUUUCUGAUUAACUUAACUUAUAAUGAACAAUUAGAGUGGACUGACGAAUGUGCGUGUAUAUUUAAAAAUUUUAUGCAAACAGUAAAUAUUUCAUAAUAGUUUAUUCCGUUGGUUAACUUUAGUUUUUCAAGAUUGUCUAGCAGACACUGUCCACUUUAUUUUAUUAACAUCAGGAUGUUAUUGUUGCAUUAUUUAAUCUUUGUAUUUAAAAAGCCUAUAUAUUUUUACUGUUGUUAAAACCUUAUAGCUUAAUAAAAUAUAGUAAUAGUAAACCAUUAGUUCUAGCUAUAUUAUUGUAAUAUGUAAUAAUACGGAUUUCUGUUCGGUGAAUAUUUUUCUGCUGCAUUACUUUACAUUUGCUUAAAAGAAAUUAUUAAAAAGUAUACAUAUUUUAGUAAAUAAUAUUUUUAUAAUUAAUUUUCAUGUAAGAAAUAAAAUAAAAUUCACAUUUUUGAGGAACUUUGUUUUUUUUUAUGAAGGUGAUAAAAAUUAAACAGUAGCCAUUAAAGAGGUUUAAGUUCAUUAGAUCCAUUAAAGUUAAAGGUGGCCUAGCAGGUCAAAGAGUUAAUUGUAGAGUUAAAUAAAAAGUUAAUAGUCAUGUUUUAUAUCAACCAUUAAGGAGACUAUUUGGCCUUUUAUAAAUAUCCUAAAGUAGCCCAAUAUGCAAUUGUCGUAUUUAAAUAAAAAUAUGAAGCUUACUGGUGCGAGAUGUUUGGAAUGCUUAUUCAAUUUAUUAUAGAUUGUCUGUUGGUAAAUGUUUGAUAAAUUAAAUAAAAAUUAAAUUGCUUGUAAAAGAAUUGCGUACAUUCUAUCAUUGCAUAGUUAUAAUUUAUUCUCCAAAUUUAAGAAAAUUUAUUUAUAGUUUCUGAAAAAGGUUGUGCAAAUAUUAAUUGUAUAAAUUGUUUUAUCAAUAAUCAGCCUAAUUGUUCUUGUUUUGUUUAUUUUAUGUUCUUUUUUGAAUCUCAGCACCAUUUGAUGGUUUUUGUUAGUUAAAAAUAAACUGUGUUUUAUUCUGUGUUGUGUUAUAAUUUUCAUGUGUUUAACUGCCAUAUGUAGAUCUGAUUUUGAAACUUAAUUUCAAAUUUUUCUUAAAGCAUUCACAGCUACUUUUUUUUAAAUUAGAAAAAGCGAAUCUCAGUUUUCGUAUUUCAUACAGUUUUUUUAUCUGCUGUAAAUGAAGUAGUUUUUUUUAAUAUCAUUUUAAAAGAAAAAGUUUUAAAUGAACCAAAAGCAUUAAGGUAAAUUAAAUAAUUAUUCAAAUUUUGCACAUUUUCUUUAUAUUUAAUUUUUUUUAUUUUAUUUUUAUUGUAUCAUCAUGUAAGUAUGAAAGCUCCAAAUUAGCCGAAGUAUAACAUUUAAUAUGCAGAAUUAUAUUGCAUUAAGUUCAACUUUUAUUUGGCAAUUUUAGUUUAUUUUUCUCGUCUGUGUUUUACGAGUUUUAUAUUUUAUAAAAACGAAAUUAUUGACUUUCAUGUAUAUUAGUCACUGUAAAUUAUUGUAAUUCAAUACAAUAAGUUCCUAUUACCCAAUUAACUAAAAGUAUUUUGAACAAAAUUUAAAUUAUAUAAGGAAUGAUAGGUGAUAUGUAAAUUUAUCUACUUUGUUUAGUGACUUAGGCAGCUGUGAGAAGGUUUAACAAACUCAGAUAUAUUUUGAAAUUAAGAAAAACUUAGUCACAAUUUUUAUUUUAUUGUUGAUUUUUUUCUAAUUGUUAUUUUGUUAAAAUUGAAAUGACUAUGUAUGGGUUAUUAUUUUUUCAAACUGUUUGGUAAUAAAACAGGAAACAAAAGAGGAAGAGGGGGGUGUGCAUUUGUAAAAAUGUACUAAAUUGCAUUACGUUUGGUUAAUGUAUGUGUCUGUGCAGCUUCUUAGUGUAUUUAUCAUACCUGUUUUUAAUGCUGUGAAUUGAUCUGAUUUCAUAUUUGUUUUAUUCAUUGUGCACUCUUAAUGAAAAUAAAAUAUAUAAAAAUUUACAGAAA